CGGGCGCGAGCGCGAAAUAAUGGCCAAGAACGAACAAGUAAUUGAACUACCCACCGGAUUUAGGCAGCUUCACACCCAGGUCGCUGGACACACAUUUGAGGCUACUAAUUUAGCAGCUAUUGGGCUGCUCCAAGACGCCAAAGCGGGAUGCGUUUUAAAACCGUUAGGAAAACCGGAGUGUGGAGUGCGUGAACUGCAUUUUUAUGAGUCAGUGGCUGCUGCUGCUGCCUCUGCGACUGCAGACAAUGACCGUAAAGGUGGCGGCGGCGAUGACCGCGACAAAUGGCUGAUUGAGCUGUCACAAUACGUGCCGCGUUACCAUAAAAAAGUCGAACUGGUUGUGAAUCAGCGGAAGCACACGUUUGUAAAAUUGGAUGAUUUAACACACGGAAUGCUUUUGCCAUGCAUUAUGGACAUAAAAAUUGGAAAACGUACUUGGGAUCCAAUGUCAUCGCCCCAUAAGCGUGCGCUCGAAGAGCAGAAGUAUGUCGAGUGUAAACAGAAUCUGGGAUUAUGCUUGCCGGGCUUUCAAGUGUACUUACCAUCGUCAGAGACGACAGAGUCGCCAAAAAAACACCCGGAGCUCAAACGUUAUGGAAAGGAUUACGGAAAGAGUCUAAAUGUGGCAGGCUUCAAACAGACCAUGGCGCUAUUUUUCAAUGCGUCCACAAGUAAUUCCAAGACGAUCGACAACGGUGUGGACAUUGUUCUGCACGAAGUUUUACGACAGUUGGAAAAUAUACACGGAUGGUUCCGACGACAGACUUUGCUUCAUUUCUAUGCUAGCUCCUUGCUCAUAUCCUAUGACUUCGCUCAGCUGCAGCAUGCAGGCUCCAAAUCCCUACACAAUGGUUACUUCAGGAAAGAAGAACGGACGGAUAUCAGUAGCGAUAUGGAACCAUCUGAGUGGAUACGAGUACGCAUGAUUGACUUUGCGCAUGUGUACCCCGCUAGUCCCGUCGAACUCGAUCACAAUUAUCUCUUCGGUUUGGAAAACCUCAUUAAUGUGAUUCAAUCAAUUCUCAAUCGAUAACAGCUAAAGGAACAGAAACACACCCACGCACAAAACAAAUAUUGUUAUAAGGUCGACCAAACAUAUGAUACGUUUAUGCAACGCCUGAUACUGGGUGUUAACUUUUGAGAUAAACACGCUCGUAGCCAGUCGCGCCCCGUUGAUUUGAUUCCAACCAAGCAAUCGUGGAUUCUCACAAUGCUGGGUCCUCGUACAAACGUAAAAACACACACCCACGCCCAAAUUUGUAUUAUCUUGUAAGCCAAAAGUACAUUAUUAGUCGAAAGUAGUUUCGAACUGCAGCUACUCUAAAUUAAAA